AUGGCUUCGAAAAAGAGAAGUUUGGACUUGUACCUCGGAGAAGUGUUCAAGCAGUUCAUCUCGAUCAAAGAUGAUGAUUUUAAGAAGUCACAGAAUGUAUUCAAGAGCGUCUUCGAUCAAGUCAAGCAGAAGAUGGGCGAACAAUGUAAUUAUUUCAAGAAAUAUGGCAGUCAGAUCAUGUACGGUGGAAGCGUCUCCGACAACAUCAAAGUGGGCAAGAUGGAUGAAUUCGACAUGGACAUCGUAAUUCGGCUACCAAUCAGUUACGCGGACAUCAUCAUUGAGAAUGAAGAGCCGGGUUUCGUUAAGCUGAAGAUCACGAGUGCUUUUGAUAAUUUAGACAAGCAGCCUGACUGGGAGAAGACGCACAAGGUGACGCGGGAGUGGCGGGACUCUGAGAAGUACUUACUGCAGAAUAAGUUCCGUCAGUGGAUGCACAAGAAUGUCCAAAAAGCGCUGAACGCUAUGGAGGGAAAGGUUACGGUGAACGGGGACGUCUACUUGCUAACGUACAAGGAGUCAGGACCGGCCUACACGCUUAACAUUAGAAACGACGAGGGAACUGAGAAGUACGCGCUGGAUGUAGACUUGGUACCGGUCAUUAAGUUCAUGUAUCCUCGCGCACCGGAAGGUUACAGAGUAAUCGACGGACUUCAAGCGAAGGACUGGCUGGUUGUUCCCAAGCCUAACAAGGCUCUAAGUGACAAUACCCUAAAGAACCGUUGCUGGCGCCUGUCCUUCCAAGAACAGGAGAGAGAAAUUAUCAAAGACUGUAAAGCGUUGAAGACAACUAUCCGACUGGUGAAAAAGUUACGAGAUGCGCUGGAGAUGAGAGCUAUUGCUAGCUAUUACAUCAAAUCACUCUUCUUAAAGAAAGUGUACGAAACACAAGACAAAGCUUACUGGCAGAACAAAGUCAGUGUGCUGUUCCGUACGAUGGUGGAGGAGUUCUACGUCGCCAUCCAAAAGAAAGAAAUUCCCUUCUUUUGGAACUGCGACCACAACUUGAUUGGCGGGCUGAGGGAAAGUUUACAGAAGAUUUAUUGCGAUAAGUUAAAGAAUGUGAUUGCAGCUAUCGACGCGAAUGAUAUUGAAAAGGUGGUCGGGGCAUUGUUGACUGCGGAGGAAAUGAGAGAGUUUAAAAAGUCUGAGUUUUAUUUGAAACACGGGGAGCUGGAACCUUUGUUGAUGACGAGUUCCUCUGUCUCUUCUUUUGAGUCGUCUCCGCCGGACAGCGCCUUGUCCAGCCAAUUAAGAACGUUGACGGACGAACUCGACUCGUUGCGUAUCAAUAACGAAAGAGACCAGAAGUUUGAAGAGCUGGAAGGUAAAAUGAACAAGCUAGCAGACAGAGUUAGUCUGUUGGAAUGUAGAAUGAACAAAAUUGAGAUGGCUUUCAGUCAGUCACAAAAGACAUGUAGUCCAGUUAUCCAGUUAGAUGAUCUGAUCCAGAUCAAUUAA